GGUAUCAUUACCUCAACAGCCGUAGAAGGUUCUAUUGCAACAGUAACACAACAAGCCACAGAGGGGGUAAGUAACGCUCAGAACAUCGAGAACAUCUUAAUUACUAUAGCAGUAACCACCGUAUUGGGGAUCGCUGGAGCCGGAAUCCAACAGUGGAGACUUAGAAAUUUAGAUAAAGAAAGAAAAAAACAGGGAGAUAUAAUUAACGACCAACAAAGAGAACUUCAAAACUGCAGGAUCGCAUAUGAACAACGAUUUGUAGGAAAUGCAAAAGCCCCACCUCCAUCGUACCAACCAAUAUCAAUAGUACAAAACAGCAUCACCAGAGGAAACACAUCUUUAGUAACCAACCCUUUUAGUAAUCUAUAUGCCGUCCCUCAAUAA